AUGAGCAAUAAUGCUGUUUCCAAGUUUACCUGCCUCAGUUCUCGGGAGCAUGGUUGCGACAUUAAGGAUCACUUACUUCAUUAUUUAGGAUGUCUUAAAUUUUCUGAACGAAAAGAAUUCUUCGAGAGCGAUUGCAGUAUCUGGAAACAUGAAUUUCAACAUCAAAAAGAAGUUCUUGGAAAGACGAGCAAUGAGGCAGCUGAGAUUAUCAAUCAAAAGAGGACAUCUUGGAGAAACGACUGCAUACGCGAAUUAAAACGCAUUGAAUUUCUCCGCCGGAAACUGUCUGAAGACGAGAAGGAUAAUCACUUGGUAGAGAAGGUUGUAGAAAGUCACGACGCCUGGAAUGAGUCCCAUCUCAAUAUCGAACGCGCAUCAAAUCAACAAGACGAUGACAGAGGCGGUUCAUCGUUACCAGAUGGCUCAUCGUCAUCAGAUGGUUCAUCAUCGUCAAAUGAGGAAAGCAAUGAGGAUUAUAAUCCAGAAAGGGAUGUUACUGUGCCGAUAAUUCAAUUUAAUGACGGCCGACCUGAUCAAAUGGAGAGUCGUGGGGUGUGGAACAAGUUCCCAAAUCAGAAGACGACCCUUGAUUACUUGUUGAACAACAAAGACAAUCUACUGCAUCGUAGACCCCCCUCAUCUCAUCAGCUCAUCAGAUAUUUCCACAUCCCGUCUAAUAAUAUGGAUUGGAUCGAACGAGCCAUUGGGAGAUACUUCGACGUUGAAAGACCGGACUAUCAUGAAACGCGUCGUGAGCUAAAGAGAAAAAAGAAGACGGAAGCUUACAUGAUCCUUCGUGACGAGUAUUGGCGGGGCCAGCUACAUGGCGGCCAACCUCACAGCCCAGCACAUGCAAGGCAUAUGAAGCCGCUGUGCGCAACAGUAUCAUCUGAUCCAGAAAAUACCAAGCGCCUUCACAAGAAUAUGGUCCUCUUUAUGCCAUAUCUUCACUGGGAUACUUCGAGGAAAAACGAGCAGUUCACGAUGGAGAUUGACGGGAUCAUGGCAGCCGCUCAAGAAACUGGGCAGAAAUGUGACAUUUCACCGCCUACCAAACAGUGGAAUUUUAAGACGAAAGUCAUGACUAUGAGAAAACUUUUAAGGGUUAUGAGGGAAAGGGGGUUAAUUAAGAGUAGUCUCGAGGUAGACGGUAAUGGUCGGAUCAAAGUCAACAAUCCCUUAGGUCAAUUUCUACUUGACGCCGCGAGACUAUACGAAGGAAUUUCAAACUACCGAGAUAAGAUGCUACUCCGCCGAUAUAUCACCGCCGAUCCUCCUCUUCAUCCUCGCCGUACUCUUGACCAAGCUUACCAUUGGACACUUAACACAACAUGGGAGCGAGACCAGGAUCAAGUUGUAUACAGGCACACCACUGCAAAACCAGAUUGCUUUCAUAAAUAUGAUCCGGAAACCAAGCAAUGGAAGGAGCAUGUCGAUUUCAAAAUCGAGAAAGACUGCAGAGAAUGCAAAAGAAAUAUCCAGAAGUUAUCUCGCGUUGUCAUGGUGGAUCAAUUGUGGAUGUGGAUUCUAGACGCCAACACCAUUAUUACCUGCUUUCCGAAACGAUAUGGCUCGAAUAAACAAGACAGCUCGGCCGUCCACAAAUCUAUCAGGGUUCGUAUUCAGGAUACUGACCCUGACCAGAUCCGAACUGCCUUUGACUUGGGCUUAAUUAUCAUUGAUGAAUGCAUCAAUACCUUGUUUAAUCAAAACAAGACGGCCGGUCGACAACCACGGGUGAUUGAUGCGUUCUCUAAGUCAAUUGGAAACAUUAUGCACAAGCAAACAGUGGCAUUUGAAAGGUUAUGGCGUUGGACUGAGGAUGCCAGUGAAAUUUACAAGUCUGAUGGGCAUGGGGAUGCGUUUGGACUUCAUGUGGCACUUCUUGAUAUCUGUCCUGAAGGUCGGCUUGAGCGGGAGAUCAAGGACAUAGUCGAAGAGUUGGAUAUUAUGAUACACAUCACCAAGGUUCACAAAAAAAUGCUCUUGGGAUUUAUUGCUAAUGCGGAGUGCUUAUUGGACCCCCUUGGUAAUUUCGGCGGAAGCGAGAAACGAAAAAUGAUAGGUCGCUAUCUCCGGAAAAAGUCUGGAGACGUGCAAAAUGAUCUUGAAGAGUACAGAGAUCCAAAAGAGUAUAACGGGGAGGUUGACGAAGCACUGCGCAAGAAGUUUGAGAAAAGACACGACGACUACGAUUGGUUUAAACUCAAUGCCGAUGAGCUCUUAGAGACUAUCAUCGGGAGGAUCGAUGAACUUGAAGAGUUGCGCAGUACUGCUGACCGUACCGCUGAAAGCGUCAAGGACCUACUGGAGCUGAAGCAGCAACAGGCCAGUGUUGUCCAGGCGUGGCAGGGCAUGAAGCAGUCAGACGAGACCAUCAAGCAGGGAAGGUCGAUCAUGAUGUUUACGCUUGUGACGAUCAUUUUCCUCCCCUUAUCGUUCAUGUCCAGCGUUUUCGGGAUGAAUAACAUGGAGAUUAGCAAUGAGACUUGGUCUAUACAUAGGGAAUUCUUGUAUAUGUUCACUAUUUCCGCCGCAGUGAUUGUCUUCAGUUUGCUCCUCGCCUUCGGUAGCUGGAUUCGUGCUGGCUUAUUCUACCUCUGGAAGAGGUUGAUUAUUGCAUUUGUAGUGAAAGCUGGCAUAUAUAACCUCUGGCGCGAUGCCAGCUGGCCCAGCAAAAAGUUCCACGAAGAAGCGAAUAUAUUCGCUAAUCGCGUCAAAAGCAAGGCUAGGGAAGUUCAUCUAGCAAAAAGAUUCGAAAAGAAGCGGCGGGAAGAAGAGAAUUGUGCUACAACCGAGCAAGGGGGUGCUGGGAAUGGUUCAUUACCUGAGCACGGACAAGAAAAUGGCUAUUCUAACGGUCAUACAAACGGCCAUUCUCAUGGAGGUUCUUCCCAGCAACCAAAUAAGUCGACCGAGCAAUUCUCCUCCCGGUGGAUUUGGAAUAGACUUCGCGGGAGGGGUGACAGGGAAGAAGAUAUCGAACGCUCGACUGUGUAA